AUGGAUGGCUACAAUCAGGUACCUUACUUUCAACCGGGCGCUACCCUCCCAGCCAACGACGACUAUGCGGGUGACGAAAUGUCCACCUUAGCAUCUGACACUACAUAUGGAUUCCAGCCAAUGGCCAUUGCUCCUCCUCUACCAGUUGCCCCAUUGCAGGAGCUGGGAGAGGGUAGAGUCGGUUUUACAACACACCCUCUUCAUGCACGCUUUCCCGGUCUCGCUUGUACGGAUUGCUCAAAAACCUUUGAAACUAAUAAUGGGCUUCGGAAGCAUGGCGAACAACAGGGGCAUAGUCCUUACGGUUGUAUCUGUGGCGCCAAGUACACCCGGCUAGAUGCUCUCAACCGUCACAUCACCGACAAGUCUCCCAAUGCUCCGAAAUACCCAUGCGAGUAUUGCUACGAUCGACAGGGCGACAAUGGCUUUGCUCGUCGAGACCAUCUUAUCCAGCAUUUAAAGAAUUUUCAUAGGAUUGUAACUGCCGACAAACUCCUCCAGCGCAAUCCUGUUGAGUCCAGAACAGCUCCCGUCACCGGUUCCGCUUGGACCUCUACCGCCGCCAACGCUGAUCUCGUUUUCUCCACGCCGAUUACUCCAAACUACUCUGGUAUGGGAUUCGGGUAUUCUGCAUGGGGCUCUACCGGAUUAUUUAACCCCGGCCGAUACCAAGCUACGAUGGAUCCUUCUAACAUCGAAGACUAUCCCAGUGGUAUCCAACAGAAUCAAGACCCGAUGAUGCAGCAAUUCCAGCAAACUGACAUGUCUGGUUUUAUGUAA